AAACAAUUUGACGAAACUUUUUGCUCGAAGCAAUUUCAUUAACUUUAGUUUAUUUAAUCAUUCCAGAUUGUUAAUUGUAGAUCGUUGUUAUUGAUAAAAUAAUACGUACAAUAAUAACUAGAUAGAUACGACGCAACAAUAAUUUGUUUUAUAUUAAAGAGUGGAAAGAACGUACAUUUUUAAAAAAUAUUAAGUGCUAUGUUGAAAUAUCUUGUUUUGCUUGUGAUUUGUUUUUGGUCAAUUCAUUCACUUCCAGUAAAAGAGUCAUCGACUCAAAAAAGUUCUACUGAACAUAAUGAGGAAGAAAAUCCAGCACAGAACUUAGAAAAUAUUAUAGAAUAUGAAAGAUACUUAAAGGAAGUAGUUUCUUUAUUGGAAUCAGACACUGAAUUCAGAAAAAAAUUAGACUCUGCAAAUGAGGCUGAUAUAAGGAGUGGUAAAAUUGCACAAGAAUUAGAAUUAGUUGAUCAUAAUGUGAGAACUAAGCUUGAUGAGUUAAAGCGUAGUGAACUAGAGCGAUUACGUGGCCUUGCAAUGCAAAUGUAUGAGAGAACCAAUGAAAUUGACAGAAGGCAUUUGAAAAUAGCUGAACAUCUUGAUCAUGAUAAUCAACAUACAUUUGAAAUCGAGGACUUACGAAAAUUGAUCGUAAAGACAGGUGAAGACUUGGCAGAAGCUGAUAGAAGACGUCGUGAAGAGUUCAAGGAAUAUGAAUUACAAAAGGAAUUUGAAAAGCAAGAAAAGUUGAGGGAAAUGGAUGAAGACCAUCGUAAGAAAUUUGAGCAAGAUAUUAAACAAAUGACAGAAAAGCAUAACAAGCAUCAAAAAGUUCAUCAUCCUGGCUCGAAAGAUCAACUUGAAGAAGUAUGGGAAAAACAGGACCAUAUGAGUCCUGAAGAUUUUGAUCCUAAAAAGUUCUUUAUGAUGCAUGACGUUGAUGGAAAUGGCUUUUGGGAUGAACAAGAAGUAAAGGCACUUUUUAAGACGGAAUUAGAUAAGGUUUAUCAACAAGGUUUACCAGAAGAUGAUAUGCGCGAAAGGGCUGAAGAAAUGGAAAGAAUGCGAGAACAUGUAUUCAAAGAAGCCGACACUGAUCGUGACCAUUUAAUUAGUUUUAAUGAAUUUAUUGACCAAACAAGGAGGCGUGAGUUCCAACAAGACCAAGGAUGGGAUACUGUUGAUCAACAACCACAGUUUUCGCACGAUGAAUAUUUGGAAUUCGAAAGACGAAGACAAGAAGAGAUCCAACGACUAAUCGCUGAGGGUAGACUUCCUCCCCAUCCUCAAAUGCCUUAUGCUUAUGAUCCAAACAUGGCUGGUGGUCAAUAUCAAGUUCCCCAUCCAAAUGCCGUUCCUCAAUAUCAUCCCAAUGUAGUUCCCGCUAAUCAAUAUCAUCCUAAUGCAGUACCACAAAAUCAUCCACAACCAGAGCAACAGAAUAAUCAUGGCCAAAAUAUUCAGUCUCAGCAUCAACAGCAAAUGAAUCAACAAUACUCCGCUCAACAAGCCCAACAAGCCCUACAUAAUCAACAAAUGGGACAAAACGUACAGCAGCAGCAGCAACAACAACAACCACCUGCCCAAAAUCAACCGAACACAGUACAGCAAGCAGUACAAAGCCAACCUAAACCAUCAUCCGAAAAACAACCCCCAAAUGCUCAUCCUCAAUCGAAUGAAAUUCCACAUAAACAAUAAUUUUUUUACAGCCUGACUUAAUAUUCUUCCUACAUAUUUGAACUAUUAGCGAAAUUACAAUUUUAAUUUUGUACUUUAAACAUUCUGCUAUCAACUAUGAAAAUAUCUUAAUUUUCAUGCAUGCAUUUUUUUAAAAAAUGAGACGAAUGUGCUGAAAACUGACUAAAGUGAUUGUGAAAGUUAUAAAACCAAUAUAAUAAAUUAUAAAUUGUUGAUGGACGAAUAAUCACUUGUCAUUUCUUUUGCUA